ACAAGCCACAAGCUCCACCUGCGCGCACGAGCCGCAGGAGUCAGGUGUGUUAAGACCGCGCGCUGCGCCACUCGCGACGCUCUUUCGCUCUGAUCCGAAGGCGCCAGGAGAAGCAAACCCCACAUAAAGCAGGACUGGGUGUGAAGGCACGGACUCCAGGAUGCCUUACAGGAAAGGAAGCCUUCCACCAUACCAGCCUGACAGUAGGCACCAUGGCAGCAGAGAAGUAUCAGGAGGGCACACUUUCUCCUACUACCCCGAGGAAGAGUAUCUACCUUUUUACCGUUGGACCUCUCCACCAGGAGUGAUAAAGAUUGUGUCAAUAAUCAUCGUGAUCCUUUGUGUGGCCAUUUUCGCCUGUGUGGCCUCUACCCUGGUCUGGGAUACAGAAAUGAUGGGCAUGGGGAGUCUUGGGACAGGGCUUGGGACAGGGCUUGGAACAGGCACUAAUAUGGGAAGCUAUGGAGGAACAUAUGGAGGUUAUGGCAAUUAUGCAGGUGGAAGCUACCUCAACCUAGGUGGCUACGGCUACGGCAGCGGGUAUGGAGGAAUUGGAGGCAAUUAUACCAGCCCUCAGGCAGGCAAGGGUUUCAUCAUCGCCAUCGCAGCUUUAGCCUUCAUUGCCAUCCUUGUCAUCUUCAUCUUGGUGGUUUCACAGCAGAACGUGGCCCGCUCACGUCAGUUUUACCUGGCAGUCAUCAUCAUCUGCUCCAUACUUGCAAUCUUCAUGUUCAUAUCCACAAUUGUCUAUCUGGUGGCUAUCAACCCCACAGCCCAAACAUCAGGAUCAAUUUAUUAUAGCCAAAUUAUAACUCUUUGCUCCCAGUACCAGAACCCCCAGCCCUCUGGAAUCUUUAUCAACCAGUACCUGUACCACUACUGUGUGGUGGAGCCACAGGAGGCUGUUGCUAUAGUGUUUGGUUUCUUGGUGACCGUCGGGCUCAUCAUCAUUGCCGUCUUCGCCUCAAGGACUCGUCAGAAGAUCUGGCAGUACGGAAGGAAAAUUCUGUGGGUGGAAAGGAAGGUGGUCGAUGGAGACCAGGGUGCCGGAGAAUGGGUGAAAUCUGUGUCUGCUGAACCAGAGAACCAGCUGAAUGCAUAUCCUGACGAGAUCAGAAGGUCCAAUUACUUCCUGGAUGACACUUCCACUGAUUUGCCAGAGCAGAGCCUACCGUCAUGGAGUCCUCCCCAAUACAACACAGUCUCAGAGGUCACCAGCUCUAUUGGGAAACCACAGCUGAGACCGCCUGGAUACCCCCAGCGUGUUGCUAGCCUGGACAAUGACUAUGCCACUGGAGUUGAGUCUGGGGAAGAGCUAGAUGACAAUGAUUUUGACAGUGAGUUUCCCCCCAUAACUAAUGACCAGAUGAAAUAUGACUACAAGCGUGAAUUUGAACGAGACCAUAAAGAGUUCAAGGUUCUGCAAGCGGAACUUGAUGAUAUCAACAAAGGUCUUCAAGAAGUGGGUCACAUGCUUCAAAACCUGCAGCCUGGCAGCUCACAGUACCUGGACGUUUUGAAUGAACACAACCGUCUGAAGAAUUUGAAGAAGUCUGCAGAAUACCAGAUGAAGAAGAAAAAAUACAAAUAUUUGAAGGCUAAAUUGUCUCACAUCAAAAAGAAGGUGAAUGAUUAUGAUCGAAGAGCAUAAUUCCUGAUCAAUGGUUAUUAAGGAACAGCAAGAGCAUAAUCUGCCUGACCUCAUGCUGGACUCAACUUCCUUUCUGUGUAUUAAAAUUUUUGCUUUCAAUAUGAAAAGAAAGAUUUAAUCUUUACAAUCUGCUUAAGAUACCUUUUCCCUUUUGUAAACAUUUGGAGCAAAUCUCAAAGACUUUUAAAUUUAUAUGACGUGGGGCCAACUGGUUACAGGUUUGAGCCUCACCUUCAGCCAUAGUACACUUG